CCAAUUUGAACAAUCUUAAGAUUGAUUGGAGGGUGCUGAACAAUCAUAAAAUGCAUUAAAGGCAGUGGGAGCCAUCUAAUUAGACCUCAAAUAGACCCUUGGAACCACAGAAUUGAUCCUAACGGAUUAGGCAAUUGGUUGAAUAUGUUAAACAUAAUCUAGUUGGAGCCCAUGAUAGGGGUAGUGUAGUUCCGCCCAGAAGAGGGCUAAUUGUCUGUAUCAACCAAGAAUAAAAGGAGGAAAAACAACAGGCUAUAUAGCCCAGUUAGCUGGGAUUCAUUAGGAGUUAAGACCCAAACCCGUUUUUCUCGGAAAAAAAAUCUAGGAUAUUCCUUAGAUUUUAAUGAAGGGGACAAAAAGUACAGAAAUACGGGAACUGAAAACUGAGAAGAACCGAGCAAGAAAGAACAGACGAGAAAAACCAUGACCGGACUUGCUUCAGCUUCAACACCCACUUCUACUUUCCCAUAUAUUCAACAAUCUAAGUUUCAAAGCAGGCGUUAUAUCGAUCCAUGUAACUCGGUUGUGAUUCCUACUACUCAGUCGUUCUCCUCAGAUCUCAGCUUUACAAGUUCUAGGAGCUUUGCUGUGGCCAGAUUGUAUCACAGAAGCAGUAUUAUCUCCAGAAGUAACACUAGACCUGGUGCUUCCCGUUCAGGUGAUAAUGAAAGCAGAAAUGUGUUGGAUGCAUUUUUCUUAGGAAAGGCUCUAGCCGAAGCAUUGACUGAGCGAAUCGAGUCCACGAUUGGGGAGUUUUUGAGUGCAGUUGGUAGGCUGCAGGCCGAACAACAAAAACAAGUAGUGGAUUUCCAGGAAGAGGUGUUUGAAAGGGCCAAAAGAGCCAAAGAGAAAGCAGCUCGCGAGGCAAUGGAGGAACAAGGUCUUAUUCCGAAGUCUACUGCUGUAAGUGCAACAUCAGUCACCAAUGGUGCUGCGUCCAAAGCUUCGCCCUCAACCAUCAAUGAUAGAAUUUCUGCAAAUUCAUCCUCCUAUGAUCCGGCCACCCCUGCAGCUAAUACAGAUACUGAUCCUACUAAACAAGAAUGAUGCCGACGCUGAGUAUCUCCUUAUGUGUGUAUCUGAUACAAUAGAUUCAUACUACCUAAUGAAUAUCCAGGAUGAUUUCAAUCUGUAGACGUUUUUGAUUGGUCGACACAAACCACAUAAUGAUCCUUUUCUUACUGAAUCGAUUUCUUGUCCAUUUUUAUUCAACAAAAACUGUUAAAAACUCUAUGCAAUAUACGUUAUGAAUCAUAAUCAGGCUAUACCCUCAUC